UCAACAUUUUACUAUCCAAGAUGUUACCCAAAGACGUAAAAUAUGUUAGCUUUUGGAUUGUAGUCACUACUAUCAAAUAUUGUAAAAAUUAAAUGUGAGCGCAUGCGCUGAUUGUGGUGUAUACUUCGCCUAUUCAAUUGCGGUCCUUGUGUUUUCACGCACGUGUUUAUAUAUAGUGAAAAAAGUUGUGAAUAAAAAAUGGACGAGUUUGUUAAAAAUUUAUUAAUGUCGUUGAAUAUGGAAUCUUUGAUUCCAUCUUUUGGAGACGGUGAAAUUGAUGAAGAAUCGUUUUACUUACUGGACAAUGAUACAAUAUCACUCAUUAUACCAAAACCAGAACCUCGCUUAAAAUUUUUUAAAAAAUUUCAAGAUUACAAAAAUCAAUUUCACAGGAGACAGUGCAAUGGAAUUUAAAUAUGACAACACGAAUUGCCGAGCCUUUAGUUCGAGAAAUUUCCGAACCAUGGACGAAGUACAUAAUUCAAAAUCAAUUAUUCCACUAUAAAACUCAUUUCGAAAUAAUAAUUAAACAAGGUACAACAUUUAAUUUAAAGGUGGAGACACCAUCAAAAAUAGAAGAUUUAUAUUUCUACUGUCUUGCUGAUUCACCGUAUGAAAAAUUAAUUAUAUUAAAUCUCAAGGGAGAAGAAAAUUUCACAAAAAAUUUAACAGCAAAUUUUGAUUGUGUGCCUAUGGUAUCUGUAUCAAAUAAUGUUCCACUAAGAAUGAUAAUUAAAACUGAAAACUGGUUAUCAUUGCCAAUUUUUGAUUCUAAUGAUGCAUCACUUUUCGAAUCAGAAGAAUUUGAGUCUGAAUUUUACAAAAAUGUCAAAAUUUACGGAUUUGUUGAAAAUUAUUACACACAAAUGUUAUUAUCGGUAAAUGAUAUUAAUACUUUAAAGUCGUUAAACUAUAGUCUAUAUCAAGGUUUAGAAAAUCAGAUUGAUGUCAUAGAGUAUUAUGAUUAUUUAACUGGAAUCAGUCCCUAUUACAAUGGAGAUAUUGUACCAUCAUUGAAAUUUAUAGAUCGAACAACCAUAUUUGUUCGUUCAGAAAAAUGUAGUGAAAAAAAUUUCAAUACAGAAGAAAAGGCAUCCAUUUUUAAAUGUAAUAACACAUCUUUAAAUUUUGUUGACUCUUUCGAUAAAAUAAUAUGUCAGGAGACAAAUUUGAACAGUCAUUUUAUAUCAGCUAUUAAUAAUUUAGAAAGAUUUUUACAAACCAAAAAAGGCUCUAGUUGGAUUUUAUUGCAAAAAUUUGCUGAAUACUACAACAGGAAAGAAUUUGAUGUUAAUUUUAGAGAAACAUUUAAUUUGUUGAAUGAUAUGUUUGCAACUUUAUAUCAUCAAAAAUUUGUAAUUAAAAAUCCAAUGUUACAAUCAGCGUCUCCUUACAAUUAUAAGAAAAUUUUAAAUUAUCAAAUGGGAAAUGACAUUACAAAAUGGAGUUACGAGGAAAAGUUAAAUUUAUUUGUGAGUCUAUUCGGAUAUGAUGGAACUGACACGAAUUUACGUGAAUUUCGUAUUCGCCACAAUCCUUACAAUCAAAUUACAACUAAAGAUUCUGUUGACAUAGUACCAACUAUUCUUAAAAUGUUUCUUGAUCUUUACGAUAUAAAUUUAUUGCCGUUUUUGAAAAAAAUCAUCAAAGAUAUUUCAUUAAAUCCCGAAUUAAAACUGCGACUUUUGAAUGAACAUCCUGUGAUGCCUGCCAUUGAUUUUGGGAUAAAUCCUAAAGAUUUGCGAGCUCUAAGCAAAGAACGUGAUUUGAGACAAAUUUCCCCUUUAAUGUUGGGGACAAGAAUGAAGAAUACAUAUGUUAACGUUUUAUUUAUUAUUGAAUCGCCAAUUGAUCUUACAUAUUGUUGUUUAUAUUUGAAUAACGAUUGUCACACUAUUGUUGGAAAAAACAUGACUAUCAAAUUAUUGUCAGAUGUUUAUUCUAUUUACGUAGCAGAAGUAUUAAAUGGAAACACCUAUAUAAGUGAUGAAAUUUAUCAUACAAUUUCAAAGAAUAUGUUAAUUAAUGUCAAUGUAGAAGAAAUUCCAGAAAAUCAAACACAUUUUCCCUUGAUUCAUUAUAAAUUUGAUGCUCAAGGUCCUGAUAAUAGGUUAUUUUUGGAAAUAUUUAUAAAUUACAAGGACAUGACAUUGAUAAUAAAACAAUUAAGUAAUGAAAUAUCAGAAAAUAAUUUAUAUUUUUCGCUACAAUUAAAACGAAAUGAUACAAAUAUUAUGGAAUAUAAAUUUCCAGAUAAAAUGCAAAAUCAAUUGCUAACAAAUGCUGUGGAAAAAUUUGAAAUCAAUGAUGAAAUACACAUUUUUCAUCGCGAACCCAGUUUUCUAAAAUUGAAUUUAGAAGGAUAUAAUAAUCCAGUGGAACAAAAAAAUAUUUUUCGUUUGACCAGUGUCGGUUUAGAUGCAAUUUUAAAGAAAAUAGAAAAUAAUUUACAAUAUGAAUUUUAUGCAAUAGGUAAUAAUGAUGUUUUAUUUUUAAAAAUAUUUAUAAACUACAAUACUAUGACAAUUAAAGUAAAGCAAUUUAAUGACGAAAUUAACAAAUAUUAUAAAAAUGAAUUAUAUUUUUCGUUUAUUUUGGAAAGAAAUGAUACUUCUAUUUUUAAAUACAAAUUUUUUGGUUCUCAUCUAAAGAAUCUAUCUUAUGUAAAUGAUGUUAAUGAUUUUAAGAUUAAUGAUAAAAUUCAUAUUUUUCAUGCGGAAUCACAUCGUUUAAUGUUAAAUUUAGAGGGAUUUAAUAAUGUAAUAAGUAAUAAUUCAUUUAUUUUGACACAUGAAGGAUUGCAAACGUUCGAUUACAAUGGAACAUAUGCGAAAGAAUUAAGUUUAAAAGAAAAUAAAAUCUCUGAAACUAAAAUAUUUUUUCCAAUAGUACAAUAUGGUUUUCAUGUGCUGGGUUAUCAUGAUGUGUUAUUUUUAAAAAUAUUUAUAAAUUACAAGAGUAUGACAAUAGAAUUAAAUCAAAUCAGUGAUCAAAUUCACAGUUAUUUUAAAAAUGAUGUACUAUAUUUUUCACUAAGUUUAGAACGAAAACGUUCUUCUAUUCAUGAAUUUAAAUUUUUUGGUGGUGAGCAACGAAUUAAAAAUUCUGUCGUGGAUUUCAAGAUUAAUGAUAUAGUACAUUUUUAUCACGCAGAACCUGGUCGCUUUAAGAUAUAUUUAGAAGGAUAUUAUAGUUCAAAAGCACAUAAUAAUAGUUUUGUAUUAACGGAUGAUGGUUUACGCCACAUUAAUGACUUGAAUGAUAAAAUAAUUUCAGCGGAUGUUAAAAGAAUUGAUAAAUUUAAUUCAGAAUACAAUAUAGACCUAAGCUAUAAUGCAUUGUAUCAAAUUUAUUUUGCAAAUUAUAAUCGUAAACUGCGGUUUAAUAAUUUGGAACGGUACAUUCCAUUGAAUUGGGAUUAAGGAUUAGAAUUAAUAAAACUUAAAUGUAAAUUAUAAUUCUGUUUAUUGUAUUCGAUUGUAUUAGAGUGUUUUAUUUAACAAUAUUAAUAAUAUGAUUUUUUUAUUCUACUUCCUUUAUAUUUCAUAUUGUGGAAAUAAUCAUAAUGUUAUUUUAUAUAUUACUUAAAGUUAAAUGUAAACUUUUUAAAUUUAUUAAAUUAAUUCUUCAUUUAUAUUUUACUAUAACAAUUUAUUUCAUGAAAAAAAAAUAUUUUUAAUAAAAUAUAAUCAUGCCGAACCGUAGCGCUUUGUUUUUUAAUUUG